AUUUUGGAAGGGAUUCAGUCGCCAUCGCAGAUCCACCAACAGCUUCGCACUGGGAAGCGGCCGUUCACCUGCUCCGUGUGUGCGAAGAGACUCAUUCAGUUAACCCACCUUGUGAUGCUCCGGUUAAGAAUGACAAGGAAUUUGUCUACAGGAAUCUCAAACACAACACGCCAGUUUUGCUGUCUCUGUGCAGAUAUUUAAGAAGUGGAGCAAGGGAUUCACUCGAUCAUCCUUCCUGCUCAGACCGUGGGGAGGGAUUCACUCGAUCAUCUGACCGACUGGUACGCCCGUCAUUUUACACAGGAGAGAUCCCAUUCAUCUGCUCAGACAGUGGGUUGGAUUGACUCGAUCAUUUGAACUGAAGGUACAUCAGCAAGUUCACACUGGGCAAGGCUGUUCAUCUGUUCUGUGUGUGAGAAGGGAUUCAGUCGGUCUUCCCACCUGUGGACGCACCAGUCAGUUCACACUGGGCAGAGGCUGGUCAUCUGCUGAAUUUGUGGGGAAGGAUUCACUCGGUCAUCUGACAUAAUGGCUCACCAGCAAGUUCACACUGGGGAGCGGCCGUUCACCUGCUCAUCGUGUGGGAAGCGAUUCACUCGGUCAGCUAAACUGAAGGUACAUCAGCGAGUUCACACCGGGGAGCGGCCGUUCACGUGCUUAUUGUGUGGGAAGGGAUUCACUCAGUCAUCCACCCUAGUGCUGCACCAGCGAAUUCACACUGGAGAGAGGCCAUUCACCUGCUUAGACUGCGGGAAGGGAUUCACUCAGUCAUCCACCCUACUGGCACACCAGUCAGUUCACACUGGGGAGAGGCCGUUCACCUGCUCAGUGUGUGGGAAGGGAUUUACUCAGUCAUCCACCCUAAUGGUGCACCAGCGAGUUCACACUGGGGAGAGGCCAUUCACCUGCUCAAACUGUGCGGAGACAUUCACUCGGUCAUCCAACCUACAGAGACACCAGCGAGUUCAUACGGGGGAGAAGCCAUUCACUUGCUCAGUCUGUGGGAAGAGAUUCACUCGGUCAUCCAACCUACAGAGACACCAGCGAGUUCACACUGGGGAGAGGCCAUUCACUUGCUCAAACUGUGGGAAGGGAUUCACAUCGUCAUCUAAACUGAAGGUACAUCAGCGAGUUCACACUGGAGAGAGGCCGUUCACCUGCUCAGAUUGUGGGAAGGAAUUCACUCAAUCAUCCCACCUACAGAGUCACCAGCGAGUUCACACUGGGGAGAAGCCGUUCACCUGCUCAGACUGUGGAAAGGGAUUCACUCGGUCAUCCUCCCUCUCGGCACACCAGUCAGUUCACACUGGGGAGAAGCAAUUCAUCUGUUGAGACUGGGAAGGGAUUCACUCGGUCAUCUGUUCUACAGAGACACCAGCGAGUUCACACUGUGGAUAACCCGUUCACCCGUCAGACUGUGGGAAAGGAUUCCCUCACUCUUCCACCCAACAGAUGAGAUGUUGAAGGAUAAUUUGUCCUGUUAACUUGCUGGAAAUUAGAUGCUCUCAGGUGAUUAAGUGGUCUUUGUCAAGUACUAUUGAGAUUUUAAAGGGUUAAUUUGUGCUGAUGACAUGCAAGAAUUUUGAUACUAAUGACACACAUAGUACUUGGAUGGAUGACCUUUGCUUCUGCUUUAGGCGCUAAAGUAUUCUUUGUCUCAUACUAUUAGUGUUGCCAGGCACGUGACUGUGGGUGUAGCUAAAAUUUGUAUCUUGCAUACGUGACCAACUGUGGUGUAAAACCCUAUAAAAGGGGAGGACUGUUCCCCUGUUCGAAGAGCAUCGCUUGACAGGGCUCUGCAAGUACUGCGAAGUUUGUUAAGUGAUCCUCCAAAAAGCUUGUACUUGCUUAAAUAAAGAACCGUGGCUAUCCACAGAAGUUGGCAUAUUGCAUUUGUAUCAACUGUGUAAGAAU